AUGCUCAAAGAAGGAAAUGAGGAAUUUGCUUUGGGACAUUAUAAUGCUGAGGAAAGUGGCGACCGCCCCAGAGUGACCGAAGAGCCCCGUAGCCCCAGGACUUCCUCCCCGCGCGGCCGGGAGGGCGCCCACUCCCAAGGCUGGAAGGCAAGGCGCCCAGCGCCCGCACACCCCCGGCUGGGAUUGGCCGGCCACGCAGUCAUUCAGCGCCGACACGUCAGGGCAGCUGCUCCCUCCCUCCUCCCGCCCCCUUCUCCCUGCGCUUGGCAAGAAAAGCGGGCAACGUGGAGCGGGAACAAAGGACCCCGCGGCCCACGGCGAUCCGGGACGCGGUGCCACCCCACCCCAGGCCCGAAGCACCGAUGCAGCCUGGGGCCGGCUCCCCGCCCACACGCGCCGGGUCCUGGGAGGUCCCAGGGAGGAGAGUCCAGACCUCGGUUAGACCCAGACACUAGGAGUCGGUUCGUGACAGCGGGAAAGGAGAUUCCCGCGUCCUCCUUCCGUCAGUCAUCCCUGCCCCGUGGCGCCCUGACCCAGGCCCCCGAGGAUCCCACGGGCAAAAACUGCCGCCCUACUUCCUCCGCCCCAGCUCUCUCUGAGGCGGCCAGCACCCGCCUCGGCUGCCAACGCGACCCGGUCCUGCGCGUAUUACCUGGUUCAUCUCUGAAGAGAUGGAAAAACUCAUGUCUGGAGCUUCGAUGGGGAGCAGGAGGAAGCGGGCGGGAAUCGGCCCAACAGAAAGCGCCUCGAGGCCGCGGAGGGGGGGAGCGGUCGAGCGGGAAGACGAGUGGUCAGUCCGCGGAGGCUGCGAGGAGGGGGCCGGGCCACCGAGGGUUCGCGGGGACUCGCUCGCUCGCUAGCACUGCCGCGCCGAAGCAGCAGGCGGGGAAACUGUGCCGAGCAGCUCGGAGCUCCCGACCUCCACGCGCGUCCCGGAGACACUGCCGCCGCCGCCGCCCGCUCGCGCCGCACCCCCUCGCACGUCACCACGUGCGCCGCCGCUGUCGCCGCCGCCGCCGCCAGUGCCUUCUGGCAGCUUCCGGCCCGAAUCCGUCGGCGAAUCACAAGCGAGCACGAGAAAGCUCCCGCUCGCGGCCCCGCCCAUCGCUCGCCCAAGCCUCUCCUUCGCCCUCUUGGGUUCCUUCCUGCUCGGCUCAACUAGGUCAAGGCAAGGUGAUCCCAGGGAGAGAGGCAGUGUUUAGGGAGCGCCUCCUUUUAUUUAUCGCGUUGUCGUCUCCUUCCCUAGCCUCGCAACCUCGCUUCGCCCUUUCGGACUGUGCCGGAACUGGUUUCCUCCAGCCGCCCUCACCUGUUUUGCUUCCCCCUAGAGGCACAAUAGGCGGAGAUCAGACUUGGGAGAUUAGAUUUCUCGACGUCAAAUUUACAUCUAGGCAACUGCCCUGGACUGGAGCUGGCCGCCGUGGACCUUAGAGUCUGCAGUUGGCCGUGGGCCCUCACCUUUGUUGAAGGGUGCGGGGAAGGGGUGUGAGGGUUGUGAGUGAGAAGAGAGGCACGCUGGGGAAAGGGGUGAAAGUAUUCAGUAACUGAAAAAACCAUUGGAGAGGUCAGAGAAGGCCUUCUAUUAGUGUUGCUAUAAAAACCUGUUUACUUCUGCUUUUGGUCCCCCGGAUUUCUGUUUUGUCUGAGCGCGGCUCUCCUUUCGGAGACAGUCUUUUCUUUGCUGGUCUUGCCCUCUUUGGGAAAAAGGAAAAAGCCUGGAGAAUCAGCAGUCCCUAUCCUAACCUUCUGGGGCCUCUUGGACCACAUGCCAAACUUAGUUAUCCACCCUGCCACCUUGCCCCCAAGAGGCAAACCUGUUCCGGGGACACAUGAGGUAUAUUGGGCUCUGACGGCAACUUCAUGUGACUGAAGGGCAUGCUGGAAAGUUUCCUAGAUUAAAGGUGAGGGGAUUUACUGAGGUAAAGUUGUUUAGAGUUUGGCAGAGGGUUCGAGGCUAACGUCUUGUUCGUUUAUCCUGAUUUGGGGAGGGUACUUAAGCGGUCUAGGCCCAACCUUGUUUGUAUUUGACCACGCAAGUUAGUUUAUAGACAUUUCUAGGAGCCUACGAUUCUUUAUCAUGAACUAUUUAUGCUUAUGGGAGCGGGAAAAGAUGAAUGUUGGGGCCCUUCAUCUGCAAUAGAAGCUUUACAACUUUUCUUCCUAAAAUCUUGAGGCAAAGAGGCUUGUUUUUACACCCCUGUUUAAUUGUGGGAGGAAACAGGAACUAAGAUAUCUAUUAGUAUGACUGUUCUAUCUUGAGGAGAAAAAGACUGACAUUUGCCACUGGGCUCUUGUUUUUGUCUUCUGAUAAUUAAUAACCGACAGCAGUGUUCACUCUAAUUGCAAAUGAAACUAUUAGAGUACAUGCCUCUUAAGUUUUUUUUUAAUAUCAUGGGCUUCAUUCUUUCAGUGAGAGAGUAUGAAUUGCCUACUUUGGAGAGACACAUGACUGUGUGGCCUGCUGGACUCAUGGUCCCUCUUGCUGUACUCUAAAUAGUGCCUUUGUGACCUGAAACAGUCAACACUUUUCUUAAAGCUACAGCAUGAUCAGUCAAUGCAUUUUUGCCUUGUAUGGAAUUUCACAUUUACAUAUUAGCUUUCCUAUAGAUAAUGGCAUAGUUAAUUAAUUCCAUUUGUCUUCUAGUCAACUCCAGACUCAAACCUAUCUAUUCAAGUGCUAUAUAAUCCAGAUGAAAACUUGAAAAUGGAACAUUGGCAAUUUCAACCUUGUAAAG